GAAAGAAGAGGUCUCAUACCGAUUCGCUAUGCGAUGGCAGUUAUGGGUUCCAUCGGUCUAGCCAUCAUCUACGGGUUCAAGGUGAACGUUAGCAUCGCCAUCCUCUCGAUGGUGAACCAUACAGCCCUGAGGAACGUCUCGAUGGAGGGUAUGGAGGACGGCCCCUUCCUCUGGGACAAGAAGACCCAGGGGCUCAUCCACUCGAUGUACUUCACCGGAUAUCUCAUCUCCAUGAUUCCCAGUGGAAUCGUCGCGGAAAAAAUAUCCGCACGUUGGGUAAUGAACAUUGCGGUGCUUCUCAACGCUAUUGCAUCAGUCUUGAGUCCCGCGGCUGCUAAUUUAUCGUUCGGCGUUUUCGCUGGGAUGAGAUUCAUUCAAGGAUUGGGCGGAGGCGCGAGUUUUCCCGCAAUGCAUGUUAUGAUAGCGAAAUGGGCGCCCCCGAAGGAACGAAAUGUCAUAGGAUCGAUCAUCUACGCUGGCACAGCCUUAGGAACAGUGAUAUCCAUCCUUCUGACAGGAUUAAUUGCCGCAGAGUUGGGGUGGAAAGCUGUUUUUUAUAUUGAGGGUGGACUCUGCCUCAUUUGGUGCACCGUCUGGUGGAUUGCCAUUCAGGACUCACCUGGGGAGCAAAAGAGAUUCAUCUCGACGUACGAGAAGGCCUACAUCCUCGAUGCCCUGGGAACAUCAGGGUCUGAACAUCACAGCAGCAAAAAAAUUCCACUAGGCAGAAUAUUUACAUCGAUGCCCUUCAUUGCUAUUCUCGUCGCACAUUUCUGCAGCAACUGCGGGUGGUACAUGCUCCUCACGCAAUUGCCUACUUAUAUGAACGAAGUUCUUCAUUUUGAUUUGAAGACGAACGCUGGCCUGUCGUCACUCCCUUAUUUCUGCAUGUGGAUAUUCACUCUGAUCCUGAGUUACCUCCUGACUAAUUUGCAAGGAAAGGGAACCAUUAGUAUGACAAUUUCCAGGAAGAUUGGAACUCUUUUUGCCUCGGUUCCACCAAUGGUCUGCCUGGUGCUGGUAUCCUACAUGACAAAUGCCACUGGUGCAGUUGUCGUGAUGACAAUCGCGGUGACCUGCAUCGGAGGUAUGUACUGUGGCUUCCUGGCGAAUCACAUAGAUAUCGCACCGAAUUUCGCAGGGACACUGGUGGCCCUGACCAACGCAGUGGCUACAAUACCCGGGAUAGUCGUGCCUAUCGUCGUAGGAUACCUGACGUCCAGCUCCGAUCCAGACGUGAAGCUCUUCGCCUGGAAGAUGAUCUUCUUUGCUACCGCUAUUUUCUACGUAAUUGAAAUCGUCGUUUACUGGGUCUUCGGGACAGCUGUUGAACAGCCCUGGAACAACAUCAACAGUUACGAUGUCUCAGAUGCCACUCAGAGUCUUCCCUUGAAACAGGGCAAAGAAUGAUCUUCAUAUUUAUUUUAUUUU